AUUCCGUUCGACCGCCAGCCACCAUCGACGGGCGACGCCGUGCCGUCGACCCCUGCCCGCCCCGCGUCGGCCCCGCGCCGUCGACGCCGGCCCGGCGCGCGACAUCGACGCCCGUCCCGCGCCAUCGGCCCCUGCUCGCCCAGCGUCGGCCCCGGGCCGUCGACGCGCCGCCCGGCCCGCCGGCUCACCGCCCCACGCCGGUCCUGACGUUCUCCACCCGCAGUCCGCCGUCGACGCAUUUGUCAGAUCCGCAGCUCCGGCAUCAUCCCGGCAUUUGUUCUUCCCCAACAGCACAUCGUGACCUGGUAGGGCAUCGUCGCCAUCGUCCUCCGGCGGCGAUGAAGCCCUCAGUUUGUCCUUCUUGGAUUGAUCCUGGCAAUGCGCUUAGAUUUCUUGUUAGGGUUGCUAAGUAUGUUGCGAAUCUAGAGUAUGGAAUGCUACCAAUGUCAGAGCAAGACUAUGAUUGGUGGGUUGAUAUUAGCAGUGGGUAUAAUUUGGAUAAAUUUCAUGAUGAAAUGGCUAGCAAGAUAAUCUGGGGGCCAAGCCAAGAAAUUAGAGUUUGGGGUUUGGACACUGAAAUUGGCACUGAAUGUAAGUUGACAACCAAUGAAGAAUUUGGCCAGUGGAUGAAUUCUAUGUUGGAUGAUAAGCUGGUAGAGUUUGGUGUUGAAGUUAUUUAUAAAAAGGGAUAUGAACCUAUUGAAGGCAUUGCAAAUCCAGUUGAUUCAGCUAUUCAAGGUGUCUCUGGUGUGGUAACUGCAGAUCCAAUUGAUCAGUCAAGUGCUCAAGUUCUCUCUGCUAUGAUUAGUGCUGAAGUUUCUUCUCCUGGUCAUGAAGAAGGGACGGGUGAUACCUCUAGCCAUCCACAAAAUGCAGAAGAGGCUAAUGCUGUUGUAGAUUGGAGUAAGUUGGCUAUACUUGUUGAACCUGAGCAAGAUUGUGAUGUUAAUUUAUUGUUGGAUGAGGAUCAAGUUUUUGAGGCCAUGGGCUUCAAAGCAGCAGAUCAGAGAGCAGCAGCUGCUGCAGCAGCUAUGGAAGAAACUGCAAUUCCUAUUAUUCCAACCGAGAUUCAGCAAGACAUGUUAGAUGCAGCCAUUGUAGUGGACGAUGAAGUACCCAUUGAUGUGUUGGAUUGGGACAGGGAUGACCCAGAUAUGUCAGUGGGGACAUUUUACCCUUCUAUGGAUGAGUUCAGAAUGGCAAUGAAGCAAUAUGCCAUUGUUCAUGAGUUUGAACUAGAGACUGAAAAUUCUGACAAAGAAAGGUUUAGAGGGAAAUGCCAUGCAAUUGGUUGCCCAUGGAUAAUUAGAGCAAAGACCCAACCUAAUAAGAGUGUCAGGGUCCAAAUAAACAAAUAUGAUCACAAGUGUGCUUCAAGAAGCAGAGUUCGUGGAAGGAUGGCAUCUCAAGCUUGGGUUGCUGAGAGGGCAAUUCCAUUUCUCAACAAGAAGAAUGGGAUGGGUCCAAAGGAACUUCAGAAGGAGCUGCAGGACACCUACAAGAUAACCAUACCUUAUCAUACAGUUUAUCAUGGUAGGAAGAGGGCAACAGACAAAUUAUUUGUUCACAAGGUAUUUCCAUGGGCAGAACAGAGGGAGUGUAUGAGGCAUUUGAUGGAGAACAUGAAGAAAUUAUUUCAUGGGUCUAUCUAUGCGAGGAAGAUGUGGCCUGCAGCUAAGACUUACAUGCUUGAGAAGCAUGACAAGUGGAUGGAUGAAGUGACAACAGCUAGUCCAGAGGUGAAACAAUGGCUUAAAGAAUAUCACAACCUACUGUGGGCCAGAAGCAAGUUUGAUUGUGCUAUAAAGUGUGACUACAUCAACAAUAACCUGGCAGAGUCAUGGAACAGUUGGAUCAAAGACUUGAAGGAUUUGCCUGUUGAUGCUCUUGCAGAUGCCAUUAGGGAGAAAACUUUGAUCUUGUUUGAGAAGAGGAGGAGGAUCUCUACAGCUCUCAAUGGAGUGAUUCUUCCUGUUGUCAUCCAUCAGUUGAAUGAAGCCUCAAAAGGUUUAGGCCAUCUGAAGGUUACUAAAGGAAAUCCUGACCAAGCAGAAGUUACAGAGACAUACAAGGAUGAGGAAGUGACUAGGCAUGUGGUGUACCUUGAUAAGUGGACAUGUACAUGCAGGGAAUGGCAGGUCACUGGGAAGCCCUGCCCACAUGCAUUGGCACUGAUCACAACAAUUAGGCAGCCAAAUAUGGAGAAAUAUGUUGACACAGCUUACUCUGUGCACAGAUUUCAGGUAGCAUAUGCAAGUGUUAUCCCUAACAUCACAGACAAGAAGCAGUGGCCAAAAGUUGAUAAAGGUUUCAAGCUCCUGCCACCCGUUCCCAAGAAGAGAGGAGUGGGUAGGCAGAGAAAGAAUAGGAUCCCAUCUGCUCUUGAAAAGGGCAAAGGAAAGGCCACAAGGCAAGUUCAAUGUCCAGACUACCAACGGUUUGGACAUAGGAAGGGUAGUAUAAGAUGUGAACUGACUGGAACUAGGAAGAGGAAGAAAAACAACAAGACAAAAACAAAUGUGGGAAGGAAGAAAGCAAAGGGUGCCAUUGAUGCCCAAGCUGCUGCAGUUGAUGUUCAAGCGAAUACGCCAAGAACAAGAGCUGCUGCAGUUGAUGUUCAAGCGAAUACACCAAGAACAAGAGCAGCUGUAGCAAAAGAAGCAGCUGCAGAAUCACAAGUGCAUGCAACACAAACAAGCAGUCCUGGACCAAUCACUAGGAGGAGGCUGGCAUUAGAGGUUGGUCAAAGCUCCGUUGAAGUAGCACUUGUACCCGUGCAGGUGCAAGCGGCAGUACAGCCAACCAAGAAAUUCACACCAAGGAAAAAACUAGCUAGCAAGCCAAAAAGGCAUCACCACCAAAGCUUCUGAAAUAAAAUGUGUCAAUCUGCUAUCAAUCUGCAAGUAUUUUGCUAUGUAUGGCUGAAAUGCGUCAAUCUGCAAGUAUUUUGCUAUUUAUGUCUGAAAUCGUCAAUCUCGAAGUAAUAUGAACUUCUAAUGUGCAUGGCCUGAUGAUGUAUUUUUGCUUUUGUAAUGAUGUAUGCCAUGAUGAACCUGUUAUAUGGCACCCUAAACCUGUUAUAUAUAGACCAUUGUAUGGUCUGAUGGCCCUGAUGGACCUGUUAUAUGUAUAGACCAAUGUAUGGUCUGAUGGACCUGUUAUGCAUGGCCUGCUUUUGUAAUGAUGUGUGGCCUACAAUGAACCUAUGAAUUGUAUGGUUGAUGAAUUAAGAUAUUUGGAUGGGACGUGAUGAAUUAAGGCACUUCUGCUA